UCCGCGACUCCUGUUUGCUGUAGAUUCCACGUGGUUCCCUCUCUGUUGUGGGGCGGCUCUCGUUUCUCAGGGCUAUGGAAGGGGUGAUGUCAGGAAUGGCCCCGCCACAGAAGCGCUUCUACCGGCAGCGAGCGCACUCCAACCCGCUGGCGGAUCACACGCUGCGUUACCCAGCCAAGCCUGAAGAAAUGGACUGGUCUGAGUUGUACCCAGACUUUUUUGCCCCUGUGGUGAAAGGCGAUCAGCAUGAUGACCCAAAGGAUGCAGAGGAGAGAACCAAGCCUGCAGCUCAAGUUGAGUUUGCUGAUAUUGGCUGCGGUUAUGGAGGAUUGCUGGUGGCUUUGUCUCCCCUGUUCCCCAAUACAUUAAUUCUUGGCCUGGAGAUCCGAGUGAAAGUCUCAGACUAUGUGCACGACCGGAUACAUUCCCUGAGAACAUCUCAUCCCGGGCAGUUCCAGAACAUUGCCUGCAUCCGCAGCAACGCUAUGAAACACCUGCCUAACUUUUUCCACAAGGGGCAGCUGUGCAAAAUGUUCUUCCUUUUUCCUGAUCCUCAUUUCAAGAAGACGAAGCAUAAGUGGCGGAUUAUCAGCACUACUUUGCUCGCAGAAUAUGCUUACGUACUGCGUGAGCAGGGCCUGGUCUACACCAUCACAGAUGUGGAAGAAGUACACAAGUGGAUGGUAAAGCACUUCCAGGAACACCCACUCUUUGAGCAAGUGCCAUUGAAAGAACUGGCAGAUGACCCUGUUGUUGACCUCUUGGGAACCUCAACAGAGGAAGGGAAGAAAGUCCAGAGAAAUGGAGGCAAGAUCUUCCCAGCUGUUUUCCGGCGCAUCAGUGACACAGCACAGACACAGGAAGGAACAGGAACAUGACCAGGGAAUUUCCUGAGCCCUCCCAAGCUUCACGUUGUCCAUCUAUGCCUGCGAUGAGGAGAGGGCUUAUAGCGUGGAUUGCAUAAAGACUAGGGUGGACUGAAUGCCUCUGGUCAUGCUGGAAUCAAGCCGCUGUGAAUGCAGGAGGGGAAUCCCCUCUGGGGAAUCCCUGGCCUCUUGCCUAAGAGAUGGCUUGAUUCACUCGCCAUUGUUUUUAUUUUGCCCAUAGAUGGAUUGUGUCUGCCUUGGCGACAGAAGAGUGAGGAUCAACUGCACAAAGCAGAACUAAUAAUUAUAUGAACAGAAGGAGAAAAAUAUUUUGACCCAUGUCUGACUUUAUUUUUGGAUAAAUAAUAAAUUAACAGAUACAACGA